AACACGGAGCUCCAAUAAAGCGUCAAAUUCGCCGGGAGAGUCAACAAUCCAAGAUAAGAAAGCGGCGAUCAGCUGAAAACGAAAAAAACCUGAAGCAUACUUGAAGGGAACAUGGCGCAAGAAAAGUUCCUCGUCCCGCUGCUCGUCGGCUUCCUCGCGCUGGCUCUGAGCUUGCCCCAGCAGUCGAAACCCAAGAGACCUACACCGGUAUUCAACAAGUCGAAAACCGGCGGCCUGCUGCUGCCCGACAACGCGACGUUGAUCCGUGAGAACAUUGUCGACACGUUCUCCUGUCAGGACAGAAUUUACGGCUACUACGCCGACAUGGAGAACGAGUGCCAAGUGUUUCACGUGUGUUUGCCGCAGGCGAGGGGUGCGAUCCGAUGGAGCUUCAUCUGUCCCAGCGAGACGGUUUUUAAUCAGGCGACAUUCGUGUGCACGCAAACGGAGAGCUCGAUACCGUGCGAAGAGUCGGAGAAGUACUACGCGUUAAAUGAAGAAAUUGGUAAGGAAAUAGAAGAAGAGGAGGAGGCAGACCAAGAACGAGGGAAGGAGAGCACGAAAGCUCCCGAAUCCGAAAUCCAAAGUCCAGCGUCGAAGAAGCCGCCCACGAGGAGCUCGAGACUGCAGACUCGAGAGAGAUUGCUGCGACAUCAGUGAAGCUUAUACUUGCCCUCAGCUCGUUCAGGAGGGACUGAAGUAUCGUGAUUGUGCAUGGAAUCAAUCGCGUCAGCUUCCCAUGAUCGAGAUCGAUCGAAUGCUCAUUUAGUGUUUACGAUACUCGCUGCUUCUCGUAGAUCGCUUCACUUGCUACAGAACUGCAGUUCAAUUAUCUAGGUCUAGGCGUAGUCUCAGGCGGAGUAAAACGUUGCGAAUAUCGCAGUCUCGCGCUUGAGACAGAAUCAUGUACAGUGCCGGUCGCGGGCGGAUAAUAGAGAUGCAAGUAUUAAUUAUGCGAGAUAUCGAAGACGAUUCUAUUCUGUAAUUAAUAUCGAAUAAAGUGAAGAAUGUUACGUGCGAACCGAAGAAUUUGAAUAUGUGCAACGUGAUAUGCGCAGCGACAAUCGUCGCGUUAGGGAAAGACACACUCUCCAAGACACAGUGAAUCCUGCUGACAUGCUUUAUCUCUCAAUUAACAACGCAAGUACAGCUCGAGUGGGCAUGUAAUACUGCCGGCUGAAAGAAGCACGAGGCCCAUGUGAUUAUACAAGUGUUACACGAAUGUCCCAAGCCUAAGGUGCGCGAAACGUCGUGAUAUAUGCUACAGCGUUGCGACCGCGGGGAAACGGGAAUGCUAGAAGAAAAAAAGCUUACCAACUAAAGCAAAGCAAUGUACAGAAUUGCAGUAAGAGAAGCGUUGUCAUCGUCGUGGCUGACAACAGCGCGCCUUUACAGUGACUGAUAUGUAUCGAUUGAUUGGUCUCUCUCUCUCGCGAACUUAAUCUAAAGCGACUAAAGUACUAGAAACAAGAGUACGUUGAACAGAACGGCAGAGGAUGAGUGAAUUGGCUACAGUUGUGCAGGAACGAUUCAGUCCACAUGAAAUAUGUUCCGAGAAUAAUGAAGAUGAACAUCUUGAUACAUGAUUUAAAAAAUAUAGUCAGCGCUAUAGGUUCCUCGCGAUCGUUCAAGAAGUCAAGCACAGUUAAUUUUCUUCCCUCUAAGGGUAUCCAUUGAUCUUUAAAAAAUGAGUAAAAAAGGUGCAACUAUAGGAAACAAAAACUGUAAUCUUAAUGUUAACUGUAAACUGUAACUUUAAUCUUAGAUGCCCAUAAGACUAGGAUCUUAUUUGCUUUAUGCAGAGAGACGUUUAGUAAAACGCCAUUAGUAAAACUAGCCAUUGGUAAAAAAAGCUCGGAAAUCAUAAUUUUGUGAGUUGGAUUAUUCUUGCACAACUAUGGACCAAUAAUUUUCACUGAUGCCGAUGUGCAACGCGCUCUCUGGGGUAAUAGGAGUCUUAAAUUUAGAGACGCACACACGCACACGUAAAGCGGCUAGAGAUAGAUCCAAAUUCGUCGUCCGAUUGGUCGAUCGGCAAAAACAGAAAAGGGAAAAAA